UCUAUACUUGCACAUUCCCUUUUAAUUACUUAUUCUCCAAAACUUUAAAAUUCAUUACAAAAAUGGAAGGGAUAAAACUAUCGUCAAUUUUGAUUGUUGUUUUAAUGGUUUUCAGCACGCAAUUAGUUUACGGGCAGAUUAGUACAGCGUGUAGCGCGGCAAUGCUACGUAGCUUUAGCCCUUGCAUAAACUUCAUUAGCAAUGGUGGGAGCAAUAAUUCUUCACCAACUUCAGAUUGUUGCCAAUCUCUCAAGUAUGUUAUGAGCAAUGGCACAGAUUGCCUCUGCCUUAUUGUUACUGGAAACGUUCCUUUUCGCGUUCCCAUUAACAGGACUUUAGCUAUUUCCCUCCCUAAAGCUUGUAAAAUGGAUGGUGUCCCCGUUCAGUGCAAAGCAUCACCUUCCCCUGUUCCAGCUCCAGGUCCAGCUAGCUUAAGACCAACUAGGUCACUUCCAUCUCCUAGUCCUAAAGCUGCUAAAAAUGUUCCUCAACCAUACACACCUCCUCUAAGACCAGUGGCUAAUAAAAGACCAAAUUUAACACCACCUCCAAUAGACAUCUUUGGAGACCCUGAUACAAAUUUAGGAUUUAAGCCUAAUUUGAUACCAUCAGCAGCACAGAGUUCCCAGAGAUUUUCAGUUUUUGUUCUUCUAGCAGCCUGUGGGGUAAUGGCUUUGCAGUUCAACUGAGCUGGCAACUCAAUGUAAACAAAUUUUAUAAGUGUUGAAUAUAACGAAUUUG